AAAGUAUACACUGCAGUCUGUCAACGGUUAUCUCCGUCUCUUCACUGUCUACACUCUUCUCAGAGUUCAGACUCGCCUUCCCUUGCUGAAUAAGCAAGAAUGGAGCAUUCUACGGAGAAGUCCGACGACAGAAGAGAUGGCCACCGGCAACAAGAACUGGAGGUGUCACCGUCGUUGUCGUGUUUGCUCACUCUGCCGCUUGGGGAAUCGGUUUCGACCUUCAGUCUGGAGAAUGCCGUCUGCAGCCAUGGGCUGUUCAUGAUGGCACCGAACCAGUGGGACCCAUCGACUAAGACCUUCCAACGCCCCUUGCGACUCUCUGAUGAAACCACUUCAAUCCUCGUCCGCAUCUCCCAUCCCCCCAAUUCCCCUUCUCUCCAUGUCCGCGUUCUCGGCACCGCUUUCCUCUCUCCCGAUGAUCAACGAGUUCUGCUGGCUCAGGUAACCCGAAUGCUGCGAUUGUCGGACAGUGAUGAAAGGAAUAUAAGGGAGUUUCACAAGAUCCACCAUGAAGCCAAGGAAAGGGGUUUUGGCCGAGUUUUUCGCUCCCCGACCCUGUUCGAAGAUAUGGUCAAGUGCAUUCUCCUCUGUAACUGCCAGUGGCCGAGGACUUUGGCUAUGGCAAAAGCACUCUUUGAGCUUCAAUCAGAUCUAAAGUGUAAUUCAUUAGGAUGCUCAGAUUCCCAAGGAAGUUCUCUAGAUUCAAGGUGUUCAAAAGCCAAAUAUGAGGAUUUUUUUCCCAAGACACCCAUAGGGAGAGACUCAAAGAAAAGGCGUGCAGUGCACAAAAUCUCCUUAAAUUUAGAUAGCAAAUUUAAGAAGGCUGAAAAUGAGUUGGAAGCAGAUGUGUAUGGGAAGACCAAUUCUGAUCAUCCAACUCAAUGUCUACAAUUGAAAGAGAAAAUAAGUGCAACCUUGGCCUCACCUUUGGAGGGAGAUGAGUCACAAGAGCAUUGCUGCUAUAAUAAACAGUUGUGUACCAAAGUUAAAGUUGAUGCUAAUCCAGCUUUGGAUCUGCAGUUUUCAGAAGAUAAAGUAUCUGGUACUAACGGUAAAAUUGGAAAUUUUCCUAACCCAAGAGAAAUUGCAGGCCUUAAUGAAGCCCUUUUGGCAAAACGUUGCAAUCUUGGCUAUCGUGCAAGUCGCAUACUGAAACUUGCCCAGAGUAUUGUGCAAGGCAAACUUCAACUAAGAGAACUUGAAGAGGAUUGCAAUGGAGAAAGCUCAUCUCUCUAUGCUAUGCUUUUCAACAAGUUUAGGGAAAUAGAUGGAUUUGGUCCUUUCACUUGUGCCAAUGUCCUAAUGUGCAUGGGAUUUUAUGAAAUGAUUCCAGUUGAUAGUGAAACUAUUAGACAUUUAAAACAGGUCCAUGCAAGACAAUCCACCAUUCAAAGUGUUCAUAGAGAUGUUGAAAAGAUCUAUGGUGGGUACGCACCAUUCCAGUUCUUAGCAUACUGGUCAGAGCUUUGGCACUUUUAUGGUGCAAGGUUUGGCAAGCUGAGUGAAAUGCUUCCAUCUGAGUACCAUCUCAUUACUGCCAGUAAUAUGAGAACUAAACGAACUAAUAAGAAAAAUAUUUAAUGGCGGAAAUUACAUUCUAGAAGAAAGCCUCUGUUCAUAUUUUUUGUUCUAUAAUUUGCUUUUGAAUUGUGGAAGAAGUACGAGAUGUACUCAAAUUUUCUGUUCAAGUGCCAUACCGAGGGAGGUGUUUGCCAAAUUCUUCCUGACACCAUUUGAGACUUCAAGAGUACCAGAACGUAUUAUAAUUUAGCAUUUCACAUGUUUCCUUGA